AUGCGGCUGUUCACGUCGAAAGAGUCCGAACCCAAGGACGAUAAUGGGGAGAAGAAGAUCGAAUCGAUCAAAGACAAUGGAGAUAUCGAAGCAGUACCAGCCGCGCAAGUGGCAGACGAAAUCGACCCAGUAGUCGAGAAGCGCGUGCGACGAAAGUUGGACACGCACAUCGUCCCGUUGCUUUCCGCCUUAUAUCUGCUCGCUUUCUUGGAUAGAUCGAAUAUUGGAAACGCCCGUAUCGCAGGGAUGGAAGAUGAUCUCGGUCUCAGUAGUCCGCAGUACCAGUGGCUUCUGACCAUCUUCUAUAUCUCCUAUAUCGUCUUCGGGUUCCUCGCGAUAAUGUGGAAAGUGAUACCCCCACAUAUGUGGGCUGCGGGCUGCGUUUUCGUCUGGGGCCUCGUUUCGACUGUGCAAGCAGCGACAACCUCGUGGGGAGGAAUGAUGGCAUGUCGAUUCAUCAUGGGAGCUGCAGAAAUCGCUUAUGGUCCUGGUGUCCCAUUCUUACUCUCGUUCUUCUAUUUGAGGCACGAACUUGGGCUAAGAUGUGGACUAUUUUUAUCAGCCGCUCCAUUGGCAAAUACUUUCGCAGGCGCAUUGGCAUACGGUAUUACGAGUGGUAACCCCGGAAUGGCAAAAUGGAGAGUUUUAUUUCUGGUGGAGGGAUUACCGACAGUGGUGAUGUCCGCAGUCGCGUUCUUCUUUCUGCCAGACAGUCCAGAGAAGGCAAGGUUCUUGACAGAGGAAGAGAAGGCGGUUGCGAGAGCUCGUGGUGUGGCACAGGCUGGCGCCGCGACAAGAAUCGGAGGCAUCGACUGGAAAGAGAUUCUGGAGGGGCUGAUGGAUGUGAAAGGCUGGAUACUCGGUCUUAUGUACUUCAGUGGAAACGUCGCAUUCUCAUCCUUGCCGGUCUUCCUGCCCACAAUUCUUAAAGAAAUGGGGUUUUCGAGUGUCAACGCACAAGGGUUGACAGCACCACCUUUUUUCCUCUCUUUCAUCACCGUUAUAGUUACAUGCUAUAUUGCAGACCGGACGCAGCAGCGCGGCAUCAUGAUCGCAAUCCUUACGGCCAUUGGAGGAAUCGGAUAUGUGAUUCUGGCUACAACCAAGAGCGUGGCAGCCAGGUAUUUUGGAGUCUUUCUGGCUGCUGCCGGCAUUUUCCCAGCUAUUGGGAAUAUUCUUCCAUGGGUCACAAAUAAUCAGGGCUCUGAUACGAGGAGAGGCUUUGGUAUUGUCAUCCUGAACCUGGUUGGGCAAUGUGGGCCUUUGUUAGGAACGAGGCUGUACCCCACAUCUGAGGGACCUUUGUAUGUGAAAGGCCAGUCUAUAUGCGCAGGGUUUAUGUUUCUGUUCUGCCUACUGUCUCUCUUGCUGAGGACUAUUCUUGUGUGGGAGAACAAGAAACUAGAUCGCAAGUAUGGAACGCUGCAAGAGGCGGCAGUGCGCGGUGAAGGCAAACGAAGAGUAGGCGUCGAAAACUACGGGCCCAGUUUUCGAUAUGUUUUGUAG